GAUAACAUCUCUGACGUCACGUCAACGUAAACAAAUAGGUUGAUGGAAUCUUUGAAAUCUAAUCUACCAGAAAAGCAAAUUAAAAUAAUAAAAAAGUUACAACUUGUAGCAAGAUGCACCUUGAGCUUUAAUAAUCUGGAAUAAAUGGAGAACACAUUUUUUUUUAUAAUUACAAUAUUUAUAGGCUAUUCUAUAUGUAAUGAAAUAUGUGAUGAUAAUCUCAAUUCUCAUCAGAAUUAUUUGGGGACCAAAACACCUUAUAGGUUUGUUGGAAACAAUACAUUUGGCAGGAUUGAUUAUCCAGGAUGUAGCCCCUCUAAGAUAUGGAUGAUUAUUCGACAUGGUACAAGAAACCCAAGUCACUCUUUCAUUGAAAACAUGAAUACUAGAUUGCCUGAAAUUAAAGAUCUCAUAUUGAAGUACAAUACAAUUUCUUCAGAAUUUUUACAUAACUCUGAUUUGAUAGCACUUCAGAAAUGGCAAGUGAAACUCGCUAAAAAAGAUUCAAAAAAAUUGACUCAUGAGGGUCAAAAUGAAAUGAUUGAUAUCGCUGAAAGAAUGCAAAGUAGAUUUCCUUCUCUUUUUAGUAAUAUUUAUAGUAGUACUUCAUAUAUGUUUAAAUACACUGAUUCUCAAAGGACCCAGAAAAGUGCAUACUAUUUUACUGUAGGUCUCUUCGGGAAAAGCACUGCUAAGUCUGUAUCAUAUCCUGAGCCCUCUAAGAGAGAUCCUAUUUUAAGGUUUUAUAAGUUGUGUAAAAAAUGGAGGAAAGAUGUAAAAAAUAAUCCUGAAAGUUUAUCUCAUCGAAGAGCUUUUAGUAACAGUUCACUAAUGGUGACUAUAGUUGAUAGAAUAAACAAUAAAUUGAAUUUGCCAGAACACACAUUAACAUUUGAUGAUGCUUACUUGAUGUAUUCAACCUGUGCCUUCGAAACUGCUUGGAAAGCAAAUAUAAAGUCUCCAUGGUGUUCUGCUUUCUCUGCAAAUGAGAUGAAGGUCUUUGAAUACUACGAAGAUUUGAAAUAUUAUUGGGUAGAUGGAUAUGGUUUCAACUUGAAUCAUGAACAAGCAUGUGUAGCUUUUGAAGACAUUGUGUCUUUCUUCAGAGAUAAAAACCCUUAUCCUAAAGCAACUAUUUAUUUUACACAUUCUGGAACUCUUUUGAAAGUUAUGUCCCAUUUAGGACUGUACAAAGAAGAUGUACCAUUGACUCAAUACAACUUCAGUGACAAAAAAGAUAAUAGGAAUUUCAGAGUUAGCCGUAUAGGAUCUUUUGCCACUAAUCUAGCUUUUGUGUUGAUGAAUUGUGAAGGAACUCCUAAAGUUUUGACUCUUCACCAAGAAAGAAUUGUUAAGUUGCCAAGUUGUCCAACAAGUGACCUCUGUACUCUCAGUAAAAUUUUAAGUUACUAUAAAGGUGACAGAGCAACUUGUGAUUUUGAAGAAAUGUGUGCAACUGAAUUAGAAGAUACUGAGGAUGAAGCAACAGACGACAGCAUAUGACCAUGAAGUGAACAACAUAUUCAAAUUAGGAUAUUAAUAAUGAUAAUUUAUAUGAUAUUAAAUCAUAAAGUAUAUUAAGUUAUUUUAUCAUCAUUCACAUUAUGAAAUAGAUACUUAUCAGAGGAAUUUUAUAUGAAGAAUAUAUUUUAUUACUUUUAA